GGCCGGGAAACUUUGCCCCUUUGUGCGCUCCGCCCCGGAGGCGGCGGGCAGGCAGCCUUGCCUUCACCAUCCUGACCCGGGAAGAGAAAUAUCAGGAGAAACGCACCCUGCUCUGCCCCCACCACACACCUGUCCACCUCAUGCCUGCGUCCAGGGCGGGUGAGGGUGAAGAGCCCUCCCAGCCAAGAUGAUCCCUUCUCUGGGCGCUGCCGCUGCUGUCCUCCCCCAGACCCUGGGCCCCAGCGAGUGGGAGAGCGGCCCCCAACUGAGCCCUACCAGACGGCUGCAGAGGAGGUGAAGAGGGGUGGAGAGGAACCCACCCACCCCAGAGACUGGAGCUGCUAGCCUCCACCUUGUAGGCUCGGGACUGUGUUAAGGGAAGAAGGACCUGUUGGUGGCCUUGGCAGGCAGGCAGGCAGGCAGGAAGCUGGACAGUGGCUCUGCCCAGGCACCUAUGCCCCCUCGUCUGGCGGCGUCAUGAGCCAGUUUCAGGUGCCCCUGGCAGUGCAGCCGGAGCUGCCGGGCCUGUAUGACUUUCCUCAGGGCCAGGUCAUGGUAGGGGGCUUCCAGGGGCCUGGGCUCCCGGUGCCUGGGAGUGAACCCCAACUCCGAGGGGGUGGGGACGGGCGAAAGAAACGGAAACGGUGUGGUACGUGUGAGCCCUGCCGGCGGCCGGAGAACUGUGGGGCUUGCACCAGUUGUACCAACCGCCGCACACAUCAAAUCUGCAAACUGCGCAAGUGUGAGGUGCUGAAGAAAAAAGUGGGGCUUCUCAAGGAGGUGGAAAUAAAGGCUGGUGAAGGAGCCGGGCCCUGGGGACAAGGGGCCGCUGUCAAGACAGGCUCCGAGCUCAGCCCAGUUGAUGGACCUGCUCCAGGUCAGAUGGACUCAGGGCCAGUGUACCAUGGGGACUCCGGGCAGCUAAGCGCCUCAGGGGCGCCGGUCAAUGGUGCUAGAGAACCCGCGGGACCCAGCCUGCUGGGGGCUGGGGGUCCGUGGCGAGUAGACCAGAAGCCCGACUGGGACGCUACCCCAGGCCCAGCUCACACUGCUCGCCUGGAAGAUGCUCACGACCUGGUGGCCUUUUCGGCGGUGGCCGAAGCCGUGUCCUCCUACGGGGCCCUUAGCACCCGGCUCUAUGAAACCUUCAACCGUGAGAUGAAUCGCGAGGCUGGGGACAACAGCAGGGGGCCCCGGUCAGGGCCCGAGAGCUGCUCCGCCGGCAGCGAAGACCUCGACACGCUGCAGACGGCCCUGGCCCUCGCGCGGCAUGGCAUGAAACCGCCCAACUGCAACUGCGAUGGCCCGGAAUGCCCCGACUACCUCGAGUGGCUGGAGGGGAAGAUCAAGUCUGUGGUCGUGGAGGGAGGGGAGGACCGGCCCAGGCUCCCAGGGACUCUGCCCCCUAGUGAGGCCAGCCUCCCAGCACCCAGCGCCAGGCCGCUCCUCAGCUCUGAGGCCCCCCAGAUACCUCCCCCAGAGGGCCUGCCCCUGUCCCAGAACGCCCUGAGCAUCGCCAAGGAAAAGAACAUCAGCCUGCAGACCGCCAUCGCCAUCGAAGCCCUCACCCAGCUCUCCUCCGCCCUCCCCCAGCCUUCUCACGCCGCCGCCCAGGCCUCCUGCCCCCUCCCGGAAGCCUUGUCCCCUCCUGCCGCCCCUUUCAGAUCUCCCCAGUCCUACCUCCGGGCCCCCUCGUGGCCUGCGGUCCCCCCGGAAGAGCCCCCACCCUUUGUCCCCGAGAGCCCUGCCUUCCCCCCAGCAACUCCCAGAACAGAGUUUCCCGAAGCCUGGGGCACCGACACCCCACCAGCGACUCCCCGGAGCUCCUGGCCCAUGCCGCGCCCGAGCCCGGACCCCAUGGCUGAGCUGGAGCAGUUGUUGGGCAGUGCCAGUGAUUACAUCCAGUCAGUAUUCAAACGGCCCGAGGCCCUGCCCACCAAGCCCAAAGUCAAGGCGGAGGCUCCCUCCCCCUCGCCGGCCCCCUCCCCCGUUCUCCAACGGGAGGCUCCCACACCGUCCCCAGAGCCCAGCGCCCACCAGAAGGCCCAGGCCGCCCUGCAGCAGCACCUCCACCAUAAGCGCAGCCUCUUCCUGGACCAGGCCCAGAAUGCCGCCUUCCCCGCUCCCUCGGAGCCUCCUGCUCCCGGCUGGUGGGCACCGUCCGGCUCUCCUGUCCCUCGGCCUCCGGACAGACCGCCCAAGGAGAAGAAGAAGAAGCCCCUGGCACCAGCGGGCGGUCCCCCGGGGACGGAGAAGGCCACCCCCGGGGGGAGUAAGCCCGGUGUCCGGAAGCCCAUUCAGAUCAAGAAGUCCAGGCCCCGGGAAGCGCAGCCUCUCUUCCCGCCUCUGCGGCAAAUUGUCCUGGAAGGGCUGAGGCCCCCGGCCGCCACCGAGGAUGCGCAGGCACCUCCACCUGCCCCCGCCCCUGCCUCCCAGGGCUCUGCUGUCCCCCUGCCCCCAGAACCUUCUCUUGCGCUAUUUGCACCUAGUCCCUCCGGGGACGGCCUGCUGCCCCCUACUCAGGAAAUGAGGUCCCCCAGCCCCAUGGCAACCCUGCAGACAGGCUCUGCUGGCCCUCUUCCCCCCACCGAUGACAAGCUGGAAGAGCUCAUCCGGCAAUUUGAAGCUGAAUUUGGGGAUAGCUUUGGGCUUCCUGGCCCCCCGAAUGUGCCCGUUCAGGACCCCGAGAACCAGCCAACAUGUCUCCCAGCCCCCGAGAGCCCUUUGGCUACCCGCUCCCCCAAGCAAAUCAAGAUCGAGUCUUCAGGAGCUGUGACCGUGCUCUCAACCACCUGCUUCCAUUCCGACGAGGGCGGCCAGGAGGCCACGCCCACCAAGGCCGAGAACCCACUCACACCCACCCUCAGUGGCUUCCUGGAGUCCCCUCUUAAGUACCUGGACACACCGACCAAGAGUCUGCUGGACACACCUGCCAAGAGAGCCCAGGCCGAGUUCCCCACCUGCGACUGUGUCGAACAAAUAGUGGAGAAAGAUGAAGGUCCGUAUUACACUCACCUGGGAUCUGGCCCCACGGUAGCCUCUAUCCGGGAACUCAUGGAGGAGCGGUACGGAGAGAAGGGGAAAGCCAUCCGGAUCGAGAAGGUCAUCUACACGGGGAAGGAGGGGAAGAGCUCCCGCGGCUGCCCCAUCGCCAAGUGGGUGAUCCGCAGGCACACGCUGGAGGAGAAGCUGCUGUGCCUGGUGCGGCACCGGGCGGGCCACCACUGCCAGAACGCCGUGAUCGUCAUCCUCAUCCUGGCCUGGGAGGGCAUCCCCCGCAGCCUGGGGGACACCCUGUACCAGGAGCUCACCGACACCCUCCGGAAGUACGGGAACCCCACCAGCCGGAGAUGUGGCCUCAACGACGACCGGACCUGUGCUUGCCAAGGCAAAGACCCCAACACCUGUGGUGCCUCCUUCUCCUUCGGCUGCUCCUGGAGCAUGUACUUCAACGGCUGCAAAUACGCCCGGAGCAAGACCCCUCGCAAGUUCCGCCUCGCAGGGGACAACCCCAAAGAGGAGGAAGUGCUGCGGAAGAGCUUCCAGGACCUGGCCACCGAAGUCGCUCCCCUGUACAAGCGGCUGGCCCCCCAGGCCUACCAGAACCAGGUGACCAACGAGGAAAUAGCCAUCGACUGCCGCCUGGGGCUGAAGGAAGGGCGGCCCUUCUCGGGGGUCACGGCCUGCAUGGACUUCUGUGCCCACGCCCACAAGGACCAGCACAACCUGUACAACGGCUGCACCGUGGUCUGCACCCUGACCAAGGAAGACAAUCGCUGCGUGGGCAAGAUCCCCGAGGACGAGCAGUUGCACGUGCUGCCCCUGUACAAGAUGGCCACCACGGACGAGUUCGGCAGCGAGGAGAACCAGAACGCCAAGGUGGGCAGCGGGGCCAUCCAGGUGCUCACCGCCUUCCCCCGCGAGGUCCGCCGCCUGCCGGAACCCGCCAAGUCUUGCCGCCAGCGGCAGCUGGAAGCCAGGAAGGCGGCGGCCGAGAAGAAGAAGAUUCAGAAGGAGAAGCUGAGCACCCCGGAGAAGAUCAAGCAGGAGGCCCUGGAGCUGGCCGGCAUCUCCACGGACCCAGGCCUGUCUCUGAAGGGCGGGCUGUCCCAGCAGAGCCUGAAGCCCGCGCUCAAGGUGGAGCCGCAGAACCACUUCAGCUCCUUCAAGUACAGCAGCAACACGGUGGUGGAGAGCUACUCGGUGCUGGGCAACUGCCGGCCGUCCGACCCGUACAGCAUGAGCAGCGUGUACUCCUACCACUCCUACUAUGCACAGCCCGGCCUGACCUCCGUCAACGGCUUCCACUCCAAGUACGCGCUCCCGUCGUUCGGCUACUACGGCUUCCCAUCCAGCGGCCCCGUCUUCCCCUCCCAGUUCCUGGGGCCUGGCACCUGGGGCCACAGCGGCAGCAGUUGCAGUUUUGAGAAGAAGCCAGACCUCCACGCUCUGCACAACAGCCUGAGCCCGGCCUACGGCGGUGCUGAGUUUGCCGAGCUGCCCGGCCAGGCUGUUCCCACGGACGCCCACCACCCCACUCCUCACCACCAGCAGCCUGCUUACCCAGGCCCCAAGGAGUAUCUGCUUCCCAAGGCCCCCCAGCUCCACCCAGUGUCCAGGGACCCCUCUCCCUUUGCACAGAGCUCCAACUGCUACAACAGAUCCAUCAAGCAAGAGCCGGUAGACCCGCUGGUCCCGGCCGAAUCCGUGCCCAGAGACCCCGGGAAGAUGGGCAAGACACCUUUGCCCGAGGCGUCUCAGAAUGGUGGACCCAGUCACCUAUGGGGACAGUACUCAGGAGGCCCAAGCAUGUCCCCCAAGAGGACUAACGGCGUGGGUGGCAGCUGGGGUGUGUUCCCUCCCGGGGAGAGCCCGGCCAUCGUCCCCGACAAGCUCGGUUCUUUCGGGGCUGGCUGCCUGGCUCCUUCCCACUUCCCGGAUGGCCAGUGGGGGCUGUUCCCCGGGGAGGGGCAGCAGCUCGCCCCCCAGCCUGGAGGACGGCUGCGAGGCAAACCGUGGAGCCCCUGCAAGUUUGGGAACAACGCCUCGGCCUUGGCCGGGCCCAGCCUGACUGAGAAGCCAUGGGGAGUAGGGGCAGGGGAUUUCAACUCUGCCCUGAAAGGCGGUCCUGGGUUCCAAGACAAGUUGUGGAGCCCCCUGAAAGGGGAGGAGGGUCGGAUCCCCACCCCGGGGGCCGGCCAGCUGGACAAGGCCUGGCAGUCCUUCGGCAUGCCCCUGGGCUCCAGCGAGAAGCUGUUCGGGGCCCUGAAGUCUGAGGAGAAACUGUGGGACCCCUUCAGCCUGGAGGAGGGGACCGCCGAGGAGCCCCCCAACAAGGGGGCGGUGAAGGACGAGAAGGGCCACGCGGAGGAGGAAGAGGAGGAGCUGUGGUCCGACAGCGAACACAACUUCCUGGACGAGAACAUCGGUGGCGUGGCCGUGGCCCCCGCUCACGGCUCCAUCCUCAUCGAGUGCGCCCGGCGGGAGCUGCAUGCCACCACGCCCCUCAAGAGACCCAACCGCUGCCACCCCACCCGCAUCUCGCUGGUCUUCUACCAGCACAAGAACCUCAACCAGCCCAAUCACGGGCUGGCCCUCUGGGAGGCCAAGAUGAAGCAGCUGGCGGAGAGGGCGCGGGCGCGGCAGGAGGAGGCCGCCCGGCUGGGCCUGGGCCAGCAGGAGGCCAAGCUCUAUGGGAAGAAGCGCAAGUGGGGGGGUGCCGUGGUCACCGAGCCCCAGCAUAAGGAGAAGGGGAUCGUCCCCACCCGGCAGGCGCUGGCCGUGCCCACAGACUCCGCGGUCACCGUGUCCUCCUACGCCUACACGAAGGUCACGGGUCCCUACAGCCGCUGGAUCUAGGUGCCCGGGUGCCAGCGUACCUCAGCGUCGGGCCCGGCCCGAGCUGCCUCUGUGGUGCUUUUGCCCUCACACCUGGGGGCGGGUUG